AUAGAGACAGUGUAUAUAUAAAGUAACUUGUACUAAGAAAGUGCUUUGAGCAAAAUGUGGUAUAUACUCUUUUCGGUUCUGUUUGUGACGAUUGUCAAUGCCAGAAAUCUAGGAAUAAUUGGAGGAGACCCAGCUGAUAUAAAAAAUUUUCCGUAUAUAGUAGCAGUAUUUGACUGGGAUGGUUUUGCUUGUGGUGGUUCGAUUAUUGAUGAAUAUACUAUAUUGACAGCGGGACACUGUCAAUAUAGGGUGAUAACAGAUGAGUCAUAUAUCAGAUAUGGAAAUUCAACCAUUUACGAAGGCGAUAAGAUUCAUAUAAUCAAGUAUGUUCGACACAAGAAUUUUACGGAUAUGUCUCCUCUUCACUACGACAUCGGUUUAUUAAAGCUGGAAAAACCCAUUCAGUUCAGUGAAACUGCUCGACCGGUCCAGCUACCCAAAGCUAGUGAUGGUACACCAGUCAACAAAACGGGCAUUGUGGCUGGUUGGGGCGAUA